CUCUACGGUCACGUGCUGAGGUGUGCCCGAACCCUCACCUUUACCUGAGGAGGACCACCUGGUUGUGUGCAUGCAGCAUGAAGAACUGGUAACAAGGCAGCAGACGGAGGAACUUGCUGACACCAAGGUAUCUGAAGUUGGAAACCACUUGCAGCUUCUGACUUGAUACAUAAACUGAUCUCUCCUCCGGGGCUGCCGGCGAACUUCACGUCGACGCACCACUUCAGCUCAGUUCACUUUGGCCCGGAUACGACGAGCGAGCGAGCGAAGACAUGGCUUUCCUCCGCGGAGCGUUUCUGCCGCUGUUCCUUCACAUCUGCCUCCUCGGCUGCAGCGCUUGGGCCAAGGUGAGGCUGUCUAUGCAUGAGAGCGUUGAGGUGUACCUGGGUGACUCAGCUCAGAUCCCGUGCCAGUACAGCUUCACUGAAACCAACAACGAGCCCAGCUUUGUCAUGAUCCAGUGGUUUGUGAGAGCUGUCGGUAACAGCUCAAGGAUGCGAAUCUUCUAUAGUGAUGACAGUCAGCAGAUGGUGGACAGCAACACAGACUACAGCGGUCGCAUCCAGGUGACUUCAGCUCAGCAGGGAACUCGACUCACCAUCCAGGACGUCCAGCUCUCCGAUGAGAGGGAAUUCUUCUGCCAGGUUAAUGGACUGGCUGCCGGGAAUGCCGAGGGCAAGACCCACCUCAGAGUGUUUGCUCCUCCAGAGGCUCCAGUGAUCGAGGGCGUUCUUACUGGAAUAUCUGUGACCAAAGAGGGGCCAUCUAAGGUUGCAUCAUGUGAGGCUCAGAACGGCUUCCCUAAACCCAACAUCACCUGGUACAGAAACAGCAUGCCACUGACGUCUGCACCAGGACAUGUAAACGUGUUGAUCCUGGUGACCUGGGAGUCCAGGGGCUUCUACACUGUCCAGAGCACACUGGAGUACAAGGUGGUCAAGGAGGACAAGGAUGCCUAUUUCUCCUGUGAGGUCAGCUUCUUUGUCCCGGGAGCCAUCAGGACAGUCGAGUCCAACAGCAUCAACAUCACUGUUCACUAUCCCACCACCAUGGUGGAGCUGUGGAAGGAGUCGCCCCAGGGUUUGGUCAAAGAGGGGGAUACUGUGGAGCUGCGUUGCCAGGGUGAUGGCAACCCCCCGCCGCCCUUCAUUUUCAGCAGAGAACAAGAGCUGGAUGUUGACCUGGAGAGCAGCGGUGAUGUGUUGUUCCUGUCGCCAGUGUCACGGAAAGACAGCGGCAUCUACCAAUGUCACCCUCUGGACACCGACGGAAACACUGAGGUCAAAGGACAAGUGCAGCUCACUGUGCACUAUUUGGACCCGGCCGUGGUGGUACCCAAAGACUCAGAGGUCAUGCUCAAGGGAGAGGAUCUGACCGCGACCUGCAACGCUCUGUCCUCCCUGAAAACAUCCACUGUCUGGUACAAGGAUGGAAGGCAGGUGGGUAAGGGGAACACAUUGCACCUGCAGGACGCCACUUAUGACACAACAGGAGAGUACAUAUGUGAGGUGACUGUGCCUUCCCUGCCUGCCCUGCACACAAGUGGCUCCGUUCACAUCAUCGUCCAAGGCGGUCCCCAGUUGGUGGGAGUGGAUCAGGAGGUGCUGCUGGAGGAAGCAACAGGCAGGAUGGUGAACCUGAGCUGUGAGGCUCAGGGCCAUCCGCUGCCCAGCAUCUCCUGGAACAUCGUCGGCAGCCAGAACUGGCACGAGGUGGUGAGCAAGGCGAACGAGCACAUGACUCACAGUGUGGUGUCAGUCAAAGUCACCUCGGACAUCAGCGCUCACUGCAACGCUUCCAAUGACAUGGGCACUGAAGUCAAGGCCUUCAGCAUCAAAGCCAUUCCCAGGGUCACCACAACUGCUCCCUACUCUCCCGCUGAGGGCAGUGGAGUGAUCAUCGUGGUGAUCAUACUGUGUCUGCUGCUGCUGGCCAUCCUCGGCAGUGUUCUCUACUUCCUUCACAAGAAGGGAAAGAUCCCCUGUGGACGCACAGGGAAGCAGGAGAUUUCCAAAGAGAAGACCACCAAAGAUGACAUUGUCGUAGAGAUGAAGACCAACACAAAGAAUGAGGAAGCUGUCCUCCUAAAGGCUGUCAACGGAGACAAAAAGGGCCCGAAUCACCAGUAAAGUCCCCGGCGGUUGGACAGUGAUGUUGUGCAGCAGGAGGCAGGACACGUGAAGCCAGCAGUCAGUGUGUCUUUGGAGCAGAGGAGGCCGUUGACACUCCCACUGAUCUGAGACCUGCAGGGUAACAUCAUCCCGGGGCCGGGACAUUCCCUCAUCAUGCUUUGUUCCCAGCAGUAUUCAGUAGAUUUACACAGGAACACACAACCACGUCCGUACACGCACACACACACACACACACACACACACACACACUCAAACACACAUGUAUGUACAGAUGUUUAUUUCCUUUUGAACGAAUGUUUGCUUCCUCAACAUUCAGUUUCUCCAGUUGUUCUCAAAAUAUGUUCAACU